UUGCAAACUUUUCCACAAUUUUUUAAAAUUUAUAAAAAAAAAAAAUUGUUCUCCUUUUAGCUGCUUUUUCCAGUCGGCUGCUCUGUUUCAGUUAUUAAAGCUUUUUGGCACAGAAACUCAGAGGAAGAGGAAGAGGAAGAUCAAUUAUUUUUCAGCUAUUUCUGAGAAGAAAGCAAAGGGAAACUCUCUGUUCUUCUUCUCCAUCUUCUUCUUGGGAAGAAGCUUUCGGGUCGGGUUGCUUCGUUUUCAAGUUCUUAUCUCCAAAUCCCUACCCGCUUGCAUCUCAAGCUGAAGUAAUUUUCCCGAGAAAGUGACGACGCCACACGAGAAAAAAAUAGCUGAGAUUCUACCUCCGGGAAUCCGAAUUCGCCGGAACAGUUGACGUUGAGCAUUAUUAAGAUGCGUUGUGCCAUGUGUUCUUCCCCACCUCGGAGAAACAGAGCGAUAUAGCUACUAAUCUACGUUCCUCGUCCAUGGAUUCCAAUACCCAUCACCAUGUCUACGACCCUAAUAAUAACAUCGCUUCCGGAUCGGGUCUUCUCCGGUUUCGAUCCGCCCCGAGCUCGCUUCUCGCCGCCUUCGCCGAUGACGGAAAAGGUGGGUUUGAUUCCGACAGGUUGAUCUCCAGAUUCGUCAGCUCUAAUGGCGGAACCAGUGAUUUGGGUUCUCCGAACCUGAGCCAGUUCGAGGAUAAGUCUCCGGUUUCUGCAGUGGACGCCGCCGCUCCGCCGCCGCCGCAAUUCGCGGGCAAAGGGAUUAUGAGCUCUGUUGCCAUGGAUGGAUCGUAUCGGUUUCUGGGUAUGGAUCAUCAUCACACGAAGCCCGCUGAAUCCGGUCUUGUUCGUCAAAGCAGUUCCCCGGCCGGGAUGUUCACGAAUCUCUCCGUCCAAAACGGCUUUGGUUCGUUCAGGAGUUUACUGAACUACGGCACCGAGGAAGAACAGAGUCCAUCUCCAAACAGAUUGAAGCGCCGUUGUAGCAUGUCGUCUCGGCCACCUUCUUCGCUCGGAAUGCUCUCUCAGAUAUCCGAAAUCGGGAGCGAGACUAUCUCCUCGACUUUCCAAUAUGCUCACUGGAACGACCCGUCAAGCUUCGUGGAGGAUUUCUCGAUGAAAAGAGAACCAGGCGAUGACUGGAGGAUGUUUUCCGGAGCUCAGAACGGCGAGAGUGGGAAUCCGAUCCAGUUGCUGUCUCAUCACCUGAGCUUGCCAACGACAUCUUCAUCCUCGGAUAUGGUCUCCAUGGACAAGUAUCUUCAGUUCCAAGGUUCCGUUCCUUGCAAGAUACGAGCCAAACGUGGAUGCGCCACUCAUCCUCGAAGCAUCGCUGAAAGGGUGAGAAGAACUCGGAUAAGCGAACGUAUGAGGAAAUUACAGGAGCUUGUUCCGAACAUGAAUAAGCAAACAAACACAUCGGAUAUGUUAGAUUUGGCUGUGGAAUACAUCAAAGAUCUCCAAAGACAGUUUAAGGUUCUGAGCGAAAUCCGAGCCAACUGCAGGUGCGUAAACGAGGAGGAGAAGGAGAUGUAGGAAGAACCUGCGUAACCAGAUUUUGCACUGCACAUAGGAUUGAGGAAAAGCAUAGAGAAAUCAUCUUUUUUUUCACUAAUAAUUUUCUCGGGAACGGAAUUCGAUGGCUUUCAAGCUUUCUCAACAAGUUCCCGGAAUAAAGAUCGAUCAUACGGCUUGAUCUCCGGAUUUUAUUGCCAUUUUCGUUAAAAGCUCGCAGCUUUUCUAUACCCGUGUAGCGAAGCUUCUUGUUUCUAGUUUUACACAGCAGUACUUCUCAGGUUUUUGCCAAACUCGUGUUUGGAUGCCGAGAAAGUGCAGAGAAAAUAGAUGGAAAACAGAGACGAGAAACGAGAGGCGGGAAAGAAAGCCAUUGUUUCUUAACCGGGAAGAUACAAGCUUAUAUAUUUUCCCAA